UAGUGUCAGUGUCAAAUGUUAAACAACGUCACUUGAGAAAUACGAAUUGUUAAACAAAUCGCAAAUUUUUUUUUAUUCAAAAUGGAUAUAACACCAUUAUUCAAAGCAUGUAUAAAAACAGUAAAAACUCGAAACAAAUUCGGAAUUCAAAGCCCAACAAGCGAUGACAGGCAGCGUAUACUUAGAAGUAGACCGAAAACGGGUUUCAUGAUAUCAGCGAAAGAUAUUACAAUGCAAAUAACAAUACUCAGAGAUUUCCUGCUGGAGCACAGAGAGAGGUACUUAAGUUUCUUUAACAGUGUAACGGGAGAUACAAUGUCUGAAGAAGAACGAGAUCAGAUUGACACAGGGGCGCAGAGAAUAAUCAAUACUUGCUCACAUCUGCUCAAAGAGUUUAGAAAUGAUAAUCGUAGGCUCCCAGUUUCACAACAGAGACGGGAAUAUAUGGAAGCGGUAGCAGAUCUAAUAGAUUCAUACCUUAAAUCUGUUUGUAAAAUAUAUAGUGAAUUAAAAGCUCUUAGAGUAAAGAGAGCCCUAGAUAUUCGAAAGUUAUCAAGAUUGGAAAUGCCACAAACAAAGUCUAACAUACUGAAUCCGUUUGUAGAAAGUAAUAAAAUUAUAGAAAAAGAAAAGAAAAAUAUUAGUGAAACGGAAGAGACUGACAGUCCUAAGACUAAAAUGGAUUUGUCUGAAAAUGAAAUAGCGGUUAUAUCCGAUGAGGGUAAACUCAGUGAAGAGGAACUACAGAUGUUUGAAUCUGAGAAUAUUCAGCUUUUAAAUGAAUUAAAUAGUAUGACAGAGGAAGUAAGGCAAAUCGAAAGCAAAGUACUUCAUAUUGCAGAGUUACAGGAAAUAUUUACAGAAAAGGUGUUGCAACAAGAACAAGAUAUCGACAGAAUAGCAAACACGGUUGUCGGAACUACAGAAACUAUGAAAGACGCAAAUGAACAAAUAAAGCAAGCUAUUCAAAGGAAUGCUGGUCUUAGAGUUUACAUAUUGUUCUUUUUACUUGUAAUGUCAUUCACACUUCUGUUCCUUGACUGGUAUAAUGACUAAUUAAUAAUAUGUGUAGAGGUAAAUUAAUUGUGCUUGAAAUCAUUUUUGCAACCUCUUUUUUUAUUUAGUGUAUAUUUUAUGAAUAAAUGAUGUUUGUGAAAAAAAAUCUGUUUAUUAAAAAAAUAAAUCAUUUUUUCUACAGUAUUAAAAACUAUUAAUAUCACAUUUUAUCAAUGUAUAACCAUUUCUUAAAAUGAUAAGGAUAAAGAAUGAAGCUGAUCGAAACAGCAAAUGACAUAAAAAAUUAUUCAAAGAGUGUAUGUUGAGUGUUUCAAAUUUUUGAUGUAUAUCAUCCAUUGCUAAUACGGACCAUCACUAUAAAUUAUUAAAUAAAUAAUUUUUGUUUUAA